GUUAAAGGAGCAUCUCAGAGCACUCUCUGGUGAAGACGAGAUGGUUUCAUUGCCCGACAAGGUGAAGGCAAUCGGCCAGAUUGAGUGUCUCGCCCUCAUGGUGGGAGCAGUCCCUGUCGAGUGUGGUGCCCUUGUCGUGGAAGACAACAAGAAAUCCUUUUCGUUUGGGCUGCAGACAUUGAAGUCUCUGAAGUGUGUCAUAAACAUGGAGAAGAACCAGCUCGUUCUGGGGAAGACAGACAGGGAAGAAAUCCCAUUUGUGGGCAGUGGCAGCGCUGCGGCGGGAGAGCA